AACAAAAAAACCCCGGAGGUUGAUCAACGGCGAUUUCGUCUCUCUCUCUCGCCGAUGUCGUCUCCAGAGAAGAAGAGGAGGAGGAAGAAGAAGAAGCCGUCGCUUAUACUCCCGCAAUCGACGACUCCAAAUCCUUCACUUCCCGAUGAUUUGGUACUGAGCUGCUUAGCACGAGUCCCGAGAUUGUAUUAUCCAACUCUCUCCCUCGUCUCCAAGAGUUUCCGCUCGCUUAUUGCAUCACCGGAGCUUUACAAGAUCCGGUCCUCUUUAAACCGAACCGAGUCUUGUCUCUAUGUGUGUAUACAAGAUGGAGAUGAUGACCCUAACCCUAAGUGGUUCACUCUCUGCCUGAAACCUAAUCGAACUCUAACCAAUGAUGAGGACCUCAUCGAGAAGAAGAAGAAGAAGAAGAAGAAGUCAAGUGGGUAUGCUUUGGCGGUAAUCCCAGUUCUCCAUUCUCGUGGUGUGCACUGGUCAGGUCUCGUUGCGGUUGGUUCUAACAUCUACAACAUUGGCGGACCCAUCGACCAAGAAGUAGGACAUUCCUCUAGCGUCUCGAUCUUGGACUGUCAGUCUCACACGUGGGGCGAAGGUCCAAGCAUGCGGGUAGAGAGGAACUAUCCAGCGGCCAAUUUGCUUGAUGGAAAGAUAUAUAUGACAGGAGGCUGCAAAGACUGCAGCAAUGCAUCUAACUGGAUGGAGGUUUUCGAUCCCAAAAGACAAACUUGGGAGCCUGUCUUGAGCCCUGGUGCAGAGAUUGGUGGUUGUAGUGUGCAUAAAAGCGCAGUGGUUGAUGGAGAGAUCUUAUUUGCAAACUCUAGAGGUUUGAUUUACAACCCCAAGGAAGGUAGAUGGAGAAGGAUGCCAUGGGAUAUGGAUGGGGGUUGGGUUUGGUGGUCUUAUUGCGUUGUUGAGAACGUUCUUUACUAUUAUUACGAGGGAGAGUUUAAUUGGUAUGACAGUAAGGCAAGACUCUGGAAAACAUUGAAGGGUCUGAAAGGACUGCCUAGGUUUGCCAGAUAUGGUGGGAGGAUGGCGGAUUAUGGUGGAAAGAUGGCUGUUUUCUGGGACAAGAUUGUGACUUCCAGUGGAUGUAAGAAGAAGGAGAUUUGGUGCGCGGUGAUUGCGCUUGAAAGACGCGACGGUGAAGAGAUUUGGGGGAAGGUCGAGUGGCAUGACGCAGUGCAUACAGUUCCCUUGUCAUAUAAAGUGGUCUAUGCUCUCUCCCCUACCGUUUGAUGAAUGUAUAAUUCACCGGUUGGUGGUUGUUGGUAUUGUUGUAUCAUUUUGUUGGAUGACUGUGUCUUUUGUUUUUAGCGUUAAGGUGCGUAGACAUCAUUUCACCUGUAAAACUUUGAUGCUUAAGCUUAUUUUGUGCUGCUAAAGACCUAUGUAACUCUGUUUUGGUUGAAUAGAAAGUUCUCUUCUUA